UGUAAAAAAAAAAUAAAAUAAAAAUAAUUUAAACACAAAGAAAAAAAUAUAAAAAAACGAAACUAUAAAAUAAUAAUAAAAACAAUACAAAUAAAACUAUUUACUGUAUUAUAUCUAAUAAAGAAUUAUAUCAUGUAAAAUACAAAAAAAAAAUUAUACAUAAUUUUGUAGAAGAGGGAGAAAAAAAAAUUUCUCAAAUCAAAUGGGGAUUUUUGCAAAACUAAAAUCACCUUCAAAAAAUAUUAAUAACUUAAAAUUAACAUCAAAAUCAACUCGAGACGAACAAUCUGAAAUAAUUGAAUUAGAUAUGAGCACAAAAGAAGCAUCCGCCGAUGAACGCGAAGAAGGUGAAAUUAUCGAUGAAUUCGAAGACAUAAUUUCAUCAGAUGAGGAAUUUUCAAUGCGAAAACGCAUUGAAGAAUUGGAGGCCAAAAAUGCUGAAUUGGAAAAAAUUGCUAAUAUAUCUGCAUCGGCAAUUUAUGCAAGUGGUGGAUAUAAUGAUUAUCCCAAAAAAGACUCACAUCAUCUCGACCGAUACCCGCUUGUAUCGAUUGAUAUAUCUGACGAUGAAGACUACCCACCAGCUCCUAAAAUGCCACGCAUUUCAAAGCGUCGCAAAUCGAUGCAACAUUCAUCUUCACGUCAUUCAUCAAAACUUCUCCAUACAAGCAGUGGGAGUAGUAAUCGUCGAAGAAAACGUUCUUCUUCACCACCACCAGCGCCAUCAUAUCGUCAAUCUGAUAAACUAUUACUAUCACUUUUCCACGAAAGAGUUGCCUCACAAAAUUCACAUUCAUCUAAACGCAAACGAAAAUCUAAAAAGACCCACACCAAAUCGUCCAGGAGAAAAUCACGAGAAUACAAUUUCAGUGAUUCCAAUGACGAUUACUUUGAUAGUUACAAUGCUGAUGACAAUAGUCAUGAACGCUUAAAUACUUCCGAUUGUGAUAAAAGUUACUCGCUAAAUAGAGAUGAAUUAAGAGUGGCAUUGGCCAGAAAUACCCACCGAAUUGAACAACAUGCAUCGUUAAAAGAUCGUUUGACUAGAAAAAAAGAAAAUACAAAUACGUUUAAUUUUGUGUCUUCUGUAGAAGAUUUGCCUCCACAAAAAGAAGUUGUUGUCGAUUUGGCGGUACAAGAAGAUGAAGAAGAGGAACAACAACAACAAAUUGAAAAACCAAGUUCGCCUGUGGAAGAAGAAAAACCAGAAAGUGAGGAUAACUUGGAGGAACAAGAAUUAAGAAUUCUUGCCCUCAAGUCAGCAGUUUUGAAAAAACACAUGGUUCGUAAGAAACGUAACGAAAAUGUCGCCUAUUCUCCAUCUGAUUUUGAUGAAAUCUACAAAUGCAUAAAUGAGUCACCUACAUUGAAUAACAUUGAUGAACAAGAAACAUGCAAUAGUAUGGAAAUCAGUCCAGUUCCUUCGCCAAAGAUGAUUCUAAGCGAUGAUGGAGGAGGAAUCGAUACAAAACCAGUUGAUAUGGAUAUCGCCAAUAGCGAUAGUGAAUGUGAAUUGCCAUCGUAUGACAAGUGGAUUCCUAUCGAACAGAUUCCUCUACCAAAUAGCAUUGAAGUAAACGAGGAGAUUUAUAAUCCAACUCCAAUGCGAUACAACAACAAUCAACAAAACCAUUUAAUGCCUCCAGAUAUGAGAUUUGAAAGUGCAUCAGUUUCACCAAAGAAUUUCGAUUCCGAUGUUGAUGAAGAAGAAUUUGCCUUAAGAGCACUGCUAUUGGCCAAGAUGAACUCACCGAAAGUCAAUAAAAGUGUCAAAGAACCACCUCCGAAAAUAAUCCAGCAGGUACAAUCACCUGAUCCAGAUGUUUCUCUGGAAGCAGAAGCAUUAAGAAAUUUCCUAAUUGAUAAUAUGAAGAAGAAAGCUAAACCACAAAAUUCAUCAGCAAGUGUUCUUAAAGAAGCUGUUCGACGACUUACAGGCAGAAAUGCUUCAUCUAGUCCUACAGAUAACUCAAAUCAAAUCAGAUGCCCAGUAAAAACUUCUGAUGAAACCGAAAUGGAACUCAGUCAGGCAAUAACUGAUAUGGCUAAAGUCAAAAUAGGUUUUGAGCAAAAACAAGAUACUAGAAAAAAUGAAGUAAGUUCUGGUUUGAUUCGAGUGAGAAAUUUUGAAAGUUUAAGAGCUCCUCAAAGAGAUGCGGAGCAGAGUAGCAAUGUAAUUCCAAAAAUUGUAAUCAAUCAACAAAAUAGAAAUUCUAAAGAAAAUCCAAUUUCCACGAACAAUCAAAAGACCUCCAAUGAACCCGAAAAAUUCCAAUCAAUCAAUUUUGGUGCGAACAAAAUUCUUGUUAAGAAAGAAACUCUCUUAGCAAAAGAAAAUAACUCCAAUAAUGUUUUGAAAUCUGUUUCAAAUGAAAACAAUAAAUCAGCUAAUGUUGCAAUACCUGGUAAAACUGCAAAGACAAUCUCUCCAAGUAUCUUAGAAGUAGUUACUCAAAAUAUAGCUGUGAAGGCCAAUUCUGAUUCGAAGAGAAUGGGACAGAUUGAGAGUAAUAAAGUUGAAUGUCAACCGAUUCCAGAGAUUUCACCAAGUGAGCUUUCGACAUCAGAUAUAAUUGAAAGCAAACAAGAAAAAGAAGUUCCUAAUAAAGAAGUGCAUGUGAAAGUUGAAAAGGAAAAAUCUAAUGAGAAUGGAAGUCUUACAUCAAAAUUAGAGAAACAAAUUCCAUCAAAGACGGUUGUAAUUCAGGAAACAAGCGAUUCGAACGAUGUUGCUGUUGUUGAAUCAGAAAGUUUAAUUCAAACUUCAAAGAUUGUGAAAGAACGAGUCUCAACACCUAAAAACUAUGAGGAUGUGGAUCCUAAAGAAACUGAAGACAAAAUUUCCAAGGUAUCAAUAAUCCAAAAUAAAGAUCAAGAAGAUUUACCAGAGAAUGAAGCACUAACCGAGAAAGAUGAUUCUGCAGAAAAAGAAGCAUUUACAGAGAAAGAAGGAACUAAGAAUGUGGUUGUGAAAAACGUCGAUGAAAUUACUUCUAAGACAAACUUGGAAAACAUUGCAUCCGCACUUAUUGAAAAGGAGCAGAAAGUUACUAUUUUACUUGAGCACAAAAUAUCAGAUGUAGCUUUGGAAACUAAAGACAUAACAAAAGUGCAGUCCGUAAAUGCCUCAAUAGUUUUGAAGCAAAUUGGACCCACAAGAAUUGUAGAUCAUAAAGAUAUGGAAAAAGAUUUAACGAACAAAGCUUUAGAGGAGAGUCCCAAUAAAGAAAUAGUUUCAGAAGCUACUAAAUCUGUAUUAGAAGUUGAUACUACAGAACCUUCAGAAGCAGGUGUUAAUCAAUCUUUGUUAAUUCAAAAAGUUAACUCAGAAGAUGUUGUGAGUGAUACAAAAAUUUCAAAAACCAAUGUUAUACAAGAAAUAACCUCAGAAUUUUCAACCAUUGAAGACAGUUCAAGUACAAGCUAUUCAAAUUUGGAAGAAACUAUGAUUGAUGUAAAUUCUAAUACAACAUCAAAAUCAGAUGUGAAAACUAUCCAACAUAAAGAAAAAAUUUGCAAUGAACUCAAUGAAAAGCAAAUUGUUCUUGAGUCUAUCUCAAAACCAGUUGAAUCUUCUAACACUUUUGCUGUAUCGCCGCCAACAACCAGUCAAGUGCAACUGAGCACAAAGUCCAUCGAAGUCAAACUUCAACCGAAAAAAAUAGUUGGAACAGGUAACAAAGCGGUUCAAACAAAAACACAAAAUGUAUCCAAAUCACAAAGCAUACAAAAAGCUACAGAAAAAGUCCAAAAAUCCGACAAACCUCUAAUUAAGAGUACCAUGUCGACUCCUACAAAAAUACUUCCAUCUACUACCGUUGUGGUUGCCCAAAAACCUAUAACCAAACUUCCAACUCAACAACCAAUAACAAUUCGAACAAAAAUUGUCAAACCCAACAAAGUUAUCAAUCAACAACAACCAAUGGAAUUAAAACGUAAAACAGUUGAUACAAAUCUUCCUCAAACUAGUGUUCCACCAAAGAAGCCAAAAACCGAUGAUACCAAUCGUUUAAUAACCACAGCCGAAAUUCCAAAAGUUCCUGACUUAAUCAUUCAAUUGAGAGCAUCAGAGAGUGAAAGUGAAUACUCAGAGUUAGGAGCUGAAGAUAUGGAAGAAGAUGAAGAUGAACAAGUUCAUAACUUUUUCAAUAGAAGCAUUACAAUUGGUAAUGAAUAUUAUGAUAUAGCAAGUCCGAUAAGUUUGCCAAUGGAAUCACCUUGCAAUACACCAACAAACUCUGGUUCACCAAUGGUCAGUCGAACACAAACGCCACAACCACCUGUUGAAAAAUCAAUUGUAAAUGAUUACUUUGAAGCGAAAUUGGAACAAUUUUUGAAAACUGUUCGUUCCAAGGUUUCAGUCUCAGAUAAUAAUACUACAAUAAAAUCAACAUUGUUUGAGGGACAAGAAAUUACCUCGACAAAUAGUACGCCAGUGGCUGUCCGGCAUUUACCUGAGUCUUCGCAGCAAGAGUAUCGUCGUUUAAUAAAUCGUAUGAAAAUGUUAGAACGUCAGAAACAAGCUAAGAAUUUGCAAGUUCAGGUUAAAGCUAGUGAUGCAGGAGCGGGAAGUGAAUCAAGGUCGGGUUUAACAGAUGGAGAUAGUAAAUUUCUUGUUCGGAAAGUUUUGGUUAAAAAUGCUACAGCUAAACCUUCUCCGAUUGUGAUACAAAAAUCAUCAUCACCUGGAAAGACUGAACAACAAAAUAUUCAAAAACCUUCCACUUCACCAAAAUCUGUAAAGAGUCCACAAAAAUCUAAUACUUCUCCAGUAUCUCAAGAUACAGCAAAAUCUAAAGAGAAUCUGCUAGUAUUAUAUGAAAAUUCCUAUCGCAAAACAGGUGCCAGCAUAAUUGCCAGUUUAGAUAAAAGCAUUCAAAUGGUGCAAGUGGCAAAAAUAGCCAAAAUGGGUAAAUUAAAAUGUGAACAACGUUUGAAAGAAUUACGAAAAGAAAUGGAAGAAGUACAAAAGAAUCUCAAGACACAACAAGAGAAAAUAACAAAGAUUUAUCCAGAAAUUUGUAAUUCUCAUCGAGCAAUCGAAUCGCUUAAAACAAGAAGAACGAAAAUUAAUAAAGCGGUUACUGCACUGGGAAAGAGUGUAAUUGGACCUAAUUACAGCAUGAAAAACGACCAAAAAUCCAUAAUAUCAGAGAGGUCCAAAAAGCUUGCAGCAGAAAUCAAAUUUGUAAAUACAAUGAAAAUAAGUGAUAUAGAGGCGGCACUGGCAACUCCAAAGCGUACAAAUUUACCUGAAAAUGCCAAAACAAUUGUUGCACCUGCUCAACAAAAUAUAAACAAAACAAUAGACGAAAAACAUCCGGCCAAAAGUUUACAAACACAAGAUCCUCCUCAAAAAGAUAAAGAAUCAAUAGAAAUACAAAUGCCCGCCAAUAGUUUACAAGAACAAAUACCCGCCCAUACAAGUAAUAUGGCACCAUCGUCAACGUUAUCGCCAUCAUCACCAACAAUUGAAAAUGAAGUGCCUGCAUGUGAUAGUGAAAGUAGUCCUGAAAGCUUGAAUAAAACUGUGCCUGAAGAUAUAGAAGAAGAUCAUAUGAAUAUUACAAUUGUACCUGAAAUACUGUCCAACAAAGAUGAUGAUGACAAGGCCAGCUCUACUACUACAAAUGGACACGAAUUUUUGCAGGAGGCGUUAGAAUUGGAGCAGUCAGUUGUUGUUGUUGGUGGUGAUAAUGAUAAUAAAAAUAAUAUUGAACAAGCCCCCGAUCAAACAAACAUGGAUGAGAAUAUUGAAGAAGAAAAUGGUGACUUACAAGUGGGCAGUGCAAAACUUCAUGAUUAUGUCUCCCCAUUGAGUCAUUUGCGAGAUGAGAGGCACAUUAAUCCGAACGGUGUUGUGUGUCCGUAUCAAUUGAUGGGUCAGUGCGAUGAUAAGGAUUGCAAAUAUAUGCAUUUGGAAGACUAAAAAACCGAAUGAUGGAUGUGCAUGGAUGAUGAAGGGUGCUUCUUCUUCUUCUUUGUGGAAAUAUGGUCGAAUCAAGCAAAAAAAAGAAAAAAAGAAAACCAAUCAAGAAACGUCUGCACUUUUGUUUCGUUUUCUUGCUUGUCUUUUGGUUUAUACUUUUUUUUUGUUGAAAUUUGAGGUGAUAUUGAAUGAAGACUUAACUAACGGUUUGUGGUGCCAUUUAUGAUAUUUCUUUCUCUUUGAAAGAGAAAAUAAAACAAACCGCUACUCAGGGUAAGUUAACUGAACUAACAUUUAGUAAAUAAAUUACAAAAAAAAAAAGAAAAAAAAAA